GGAAUUAUUCGUACUACCAUAUCAUUUAUCGUUGACGUAGUUUGCUGUGUGGCGGUUCUCUGGAGAAGAUUGCUUGAAUACAAAAGCUCGAACGGCCCCAUUCACUUUAAGACAAUCCAAGCCACAGCAACCACCCUACGACAAUUACCUAUUAAUCUUUCUUGAAUUUUGUAUAUUCAACAUUUUACAGCCAGCUAUCGUCAUCAUGAGUAUUGCAGCAGGAAUUGGCCACUUUACUCAAUCAAUCCUCGAGAUGAUUCAUGGCGUCUUUGCAGCCAUUGUCGGCUUCUUUCAAUCGAUCAUCAGCGUAAUUGUUGGCAUCUUCCAAUCGUUGGUACAAUUCAUCGAGGGUAUUCUUGGUUUCGCAAUCAACAAUUUCUUCAUCCUGGCUACAGGAGCAGCUCUCAUGUUCGCUUAUGUACUUUAUUCUCAAAGACAGGGAACUACUGCAGGAGGUCGAACUAUUAAGAGCAAGUCAUAUUAGCAUUACACGUUGUUUCCAUUGAAGAUGAUAGAUUGUUGAAAAUCCAUACGAUUGAACAGUUGGCUUUAUGGACAUGGAGGCUUUAU